AGCUCGAAUGAUCCGUUCCAGGCCAACCGCUCAGACCCAGACAACGGUCUUAGCCGAUCUAAGCCGAUUGAUAUUGAAAUGCCCGCCUUCCGCCGCGCCAGCGGAGGUGUCGAGACGCCUAUUGAGCCAUUGUCGGCACGUGGUGAUAUUCCAGGCGCAUACUUUCCCCGUCAUGAAGACCCCGAGUCCCGUAUCAGAAAGUUGCAUCCGUUUGAGCAAGAGUCAUUCGCCUCGCCAGUCCCGGACCCUCAGAAAGAUCUAGUAAUGGACAGCACUGGGGCCUUUCAGCAACUCGAGCCAUCGGAAUUUAACUUCAACGACGAACCCAUGACCGGUGUUGAAUCGUUUCCGUUCUCAGCCCCUGUCGCAACAGGCACGAUGGAUGACACCAGUACUCCGUUGUCAUCGUACCUCCCAACUGGUACGCAUGAAAACUCUGGCCUCCCCCUGGGUAAAUACUACCCCAACAAUUGGGAACGCCGCCAGCGCGCACGUCAAAUGCGCCAUCAGAUGAUGAGGCCGGGAGGAACUUCGCAGGCAGAACCACAGAUCCAGCGUCCGCGUCAAAUCACCCACACUCGGUCUGGGUCGGAGGUUCAGCGGCGCCUGAUCCAAUAUAAGCUGGAUAUGGUCACGCAAACUUCGAUACUUGCGAGCACGUCAACAAACCAGGGCAGCUCAUUCUUCGAUUUACAUAAGCCAGUGUCGCCACGACUCGCGCCGUUGGGCAGCCCUGGCCCAGUUACGCCGAUGUCUCUGGAGGCAUCAGGCGGUGACUACAUCACGCUCGGCCAGCCCAUCGCACAGGGACUGGAUUUUGGAGUGUCCAAGGGAAAGGAAAAAGUCAAGCACAACCGUGAGGGCCUGCUUGCGUCAAACGCUAAGAGCGCUAUUUCGAUUUGA